UAUUCGCCUCCGCGAUCUCGUGUCUAUAACACUUGUGGCCAAUAGCGAUAAAGUAGCGGCAUUAUCGGCGUCAUAUAAUUAUUAACGCUAAGGUGGAAUAUGCUGACUAUUGCCACUCCGUCAUCACUUCAUUGGUAAAGAUAAUCAAACUAUUACUGUAUUCGUUGAGACUGAUUAUAUAUGUUUAUAUAGUUAUUCUAAAUUCCAGAGUAUAAUAUAACUGGCAAAUCGUGAGUGCAGCAAGUUUUGUGUUUUAUUACCUGUAACGGUAAUGACAGUACAACUUUGAUUUUCCUUGGUUCCAAGUUGGCUAAACAGUUAGACUAUUCCCCAGGCCUUAUAAACAGUGAUCAUAUUUCAAUAAUAUUUUAAACACAUCCUUUAUAAGAAGAUAUACCAAAAGAGAAUUUCAUCGAGACCUAUAUUUUCAUGGACAAUAAUUAUUUUGUAUAAAUUAAUUACUAGCUGGAAGUAUAGAAGAGAAAGCUUUUGUACUUAAUAGAACACAGUAUGAGAGCCACCAAUUAAGGUAUUGAGGCUCACAGAUCAGGAAUAAACCGAUCAGAGGAACUCUUUUAAAACAAGAAAUUUAAGGAUGGCUACUAAGACAUCACAAGUAACAGAAAUGACAACCGCAAACGUGACGUUUGGAAACGAUAGUGAUUUUCUUAACUCAACAGAAAGUCCGCCUAUGCUUAUUGAUCAAGAAAUCAGGACAAUAAAAAUAGCCGUCCAGUCUGUGAUUUUGUACUUAGCCUUAUUUGGCAAUUUGUUUGUGUUAAUUGUACUCAAACUACGUAAGCAGAAGUUGAGUAGAAUGCAAUGGUUUAUUGUGCACCUGAGUUUAACUGACAUUUUUGUGGCUAUAUUUAAUACCAUGACGAACUUGAUUCAGGAUAUAACGAUUGUUUUUCAAGGCAACGAUUUUCUGUGUCGCUCUGUGAAAUAUUUUCAAGUUGUCGCUAUGUACGCUUCGUCCUACGUACUAAUUAUGACAGCCGUAGAUCGUUACGUCAGCAUUUGUCAUCCGCUUACCAGUCAGACCAUGAGUCCCAAUCGAGGACAUUUAAUGGUGCUUGGAGCAUGGAUAGUCUCAUUACUGUUCUCCAGUCCACAGAUCUAUAUAUUUCGUUACAUUCCAACACAAAAUGGAUCAUGGGAUUGUUCAGAUCAUUCGGUAAUGACUGAGAACUGGAUGUACCAAGUUUACGUCACGUGGGUGUUUAUCUCCAUCUAUGCAGUUCCAUUCAUAGUUCUAUCGGUGUGUUACGGACGAAUCUGUCACGUGGUAUGGUCUAGUGCUCGAUCCAAAAAUAACCUUGACCUUACCGCCUCGACCACCAGGCGAACUCAGAGCAAGAAAGGGCCGUUAUGGCGGAUAUCGUUCAAAAAUAAUGACGCCAAUUCCGUGACUCAGAACGAUGAAGGGUUACUUAAAAAAAGCAGCGUUAAUCCGAGGGGCCACAGUAAAGCCAUGUCCAAGUCAAAAGUUAAGACCGUCAAAGUUACUUUAAUAGUCGUCAUCUGUUACCUAGUUUGUUGGGCGCCAUUUUUCAUUGCCCAAAUGUGGUGGAUCUUUGAUCCCAAUGCGCCAACAUCAAGUUGGGCGUUUAUGAUAGUUGUUCUUCUGGCCAGUUUAAACAGUUGUACCAAUCCAUGGAUCUACCUGGCGUUUACUGGUAACAUGUGUGUGAAGCCUGACAAACAUCGGCGUAUAUCCCGCUCGUGGACGGCAUCAACAAAUCUCAUGUCAACGUCUGAAUCGGAUUCACGACCAAGAUCUACAAGAUCAUCCUAUUAUGACAUGUCUCAGCGAUCGUCUCGGGAAUUCUCGAGCUUGUCACGUGACGCCAUUACCAGUCACUGUUGAUAACAUUACUAAGAUGAUUAUCAGAUGAAAAUGGCGACAUCUGAAAGCCUUUAGAUCCACUACGGUUAUUCUCGAAAUCAGUGAGAGAAUGUCUUCAGAAGUAUAAUCGGUCCAAACAAAAGCCUAUGGACGAAUUAAACCAAAGAAUGAAUAUUAAGUAGAUUUUUCAAAUGGAAAAUAUUCUUUUGAGAACCCUACCCUGGCUCGUGUACGACACCUAUCACUUACUUUAAAUGAGAUAUGAAAUGCGGAAGCGACAGGACUUAAUAAAUAAAUCUGAUUACAUUUGUAUAUAUCAACUACAACCCCAUCCUGGUGUGAAACAUGGAACUUUAAAAAUAUAACAACAUAAUAUAAUUCAUGGACGAGGAUAACAGGUGGAAAAUAAUGUUUACAUUAAUGUGUAAAAAGUAGAAAAAUACACUUAACGCGUAUAAGGGCGCCAUGUUUGUUUAUAUUCAUUAUGACUUUCUUCUGCUUCAAAUGAACUAUUUUCUCAUGGGUUAUAUUACUGUAUUAGAUACACUGUGUGCAUAUGGGCUCAUUAUGGGGUGAUCUUUGGACUGAAUUUAUUAAUGCAGCUUCAGGAUAUAUCUUAUCGGUUUUACCAGAAAUCAAUGGUUUUACGCGUUAGAUGCAAUCGUCGUUUUCCGGAUUCUUCCGUCGAGUUCUGAAUAACGACGUGAUCAGCUUACGCGGCCAUUUAUCCAGAAAGUGGGUUGAAGCUAUCUAAUUGGAUGAAUAAAUUCAAAUAAACUAAAAUGUCAACCAAUCAAGUACAGAUAGUCUAGUUUAAUGAAACUCAUCAAACUGAUAUGGAAGGUGAAAUCUGGUUAUUCCAGUGUUGGUAUAGUGAACUACCUAUGACUGACGAGGUCUCCUGUAUGGGUCUGGGUCGAGACGAGUGCUAUUAAAGUAGUAUUUAACUUCAGGAACAUUAACAAUGAUCUUAUUUGUGUGAGAAGGAACACUUUUAUAGGUCAUGUUUACUGAUUUAUAGAUCCCGAAUUAAGUCUUGCUUUGCUCGAUAUUAGAAAGGCAUUGUUUGACGAUGGGGGUUCAGUAGAACAUCGCACAUAUUUAUAUUUAGUUACGUGUUGGGAUAGAUCUCUUUUGCGAUGCCGUAUCGGAUGAACCGCGUCGCUAGUCAGAAUCCUAUGUUGUAUUUAUUGUAUGUCGGUAACCUAGUUGUCUUAUACACGACAUUAUGAACUUUGUAUAUAUAAAGUAAUAGUGGCUCUUGGUUGUAAAAAAAUAUGAAAAAGGACAAUAUAGGUAGUGUAUUUAAUGUAUUUGUGGUUGAGCAACAGAUGUUCAGUUUUAUGUCGCUGUAACAGCCUGUAACACAUAAACUACUCUAAAAGCUUUUUUGUCGCUUAUCUGAGCCAAUAUACAAACUGGUGGACUCAAUUUACAUAUCAAACACAACUUAUAAAUAACAGCGUCAUGUUUGUUUUAUAAACUUUGACUGCCUAUUCCCCCAUAUAAACUACAUGUAUAUAUAACAAGGUUCUUUUAUUUCAGCUGUCUUUGUAGAUUCUAGCGCGUUAUUAAUGGACAUGCUUAAUUAUAAUUAUGUAUAUAACAUGCAUAGAAGCCCACAAAACAAAUGCCUUAAGGGACAUGCCAUCAUAUAUAAUAUUUUCUUUUCUGAUUAACCAUUGUUGCGGGAGUGUGUUGUAUAUGUUGUGUUUCGUUGUAUUCAUAGUCAUUGAUUGCACCAUACCGGAAGAAACGACGUUCAAUAUAGUUUAAACAGAUGAUUAAGUUUGUGGGAUCUGUACAUUUGUAUAAAGGAUAGUGAUGUAAGAUUCGUUAACUUUUCUCAUUAUAGUUUACAAUUUAGACAAAAUAUGUGUGCCUAUAUAUAUAAAAGUAGAAUUAUUUUAUCUAGAUUUGAAAGAAAGUUCCAACUGUACCUUUAUAAGUAAGAAAUAAUUAGGCCAAGUUCACAUUAACUUCGAAUACUGAUCCUUUUGUUCUGUGUGAACGUGGAUACUACGGGUAUAUUUUCUUGGGCUGUGUGGAAUAAAGUCACUUAAAUAUAAUUUCUCUACGCACGAUGCAUCAAAAUACAACCUAAUUUGCAUACCAGUUCUAAUCCUGUCAGCGUCAAUGCAGAUUUUGAAAGGAACCCGUUAGCUUCAGGAAUGAAUACAAACCUAAUCUAAGCCAUAAUAAUAUUGAAGAUAUUACAAAAGUAACAUUCAAUGACAAUUUAACGAAAUGUUCAUCAUUUUGUAUUUCGUACGUACAAAUACGCCACGUCAGUUGUUAAUUAUCUUAAAAAAUAAAAUUUGAUUUAGGAACUUUAGAUUAAAUUUAAUAAUCAUCAUAGAAAAAUGAUCUUACAGAAAUAAACCGUAGCACCAUCCUUUACUUUAUGUCGUAUUUUUGAAUUUCAAAUUGCUCAACUUUAAUGAUUGUUUGUAAAUAAUAACAUAAUUAUCUAUCAGGUAAAUAUCCAUUCAUUCAUUGACACUAAACCUUGACUUGUAGCAAAAACAGGGGAGUUGGUUGACCUGGUGUUCUUAAUGAGUGGCUGUGGAUUAUAAGGCUGUGCUAUAUAAUAUACUCUGCGACUAUGACCCCUGAGCAUAAGCAAAUUGUUCAAAUAAAACAAGAUCAUAUUAUGUUAGUCCCGAAAUGACUUGGUUAGAGUUAAGUGUAUGUUGAACCCAAUCUGCCUCGGCUAAAGUGAGACUAAUGUAGACGACCCCCAGGACCGCUUGCACUUUUAAUGUGGCCAUUUUAAAUUUACUCCGUUAGACGCUUUACAGCUGCUUGUUAAUAUUAAUAUUUUUUUAAUUAAUCAGAAUAUUAUCAUUCAAUUUGCCUUUAAAUUGGACACCAUAAUCUGACUUUUGAUAAAGUAUGACCUUAGCUAAUAUAGUGUCAGAUGUUGACGUAAGAAAUACCUAUAUUUAGAAAUAAUGUUUACUGUUGUUUGAAUGUUUAAAUGAUGACAUACAUAUAUUUAUAUUUGUUGUUGUUUUUGUUUUGUUAAAUAAAUAAAUGGUAAC